AUGAAAGCUGCACAAAAUUUCCCCCUUGCACCAACAUCAUCAUCAAUAACAACAAGUGGAGGUAGUGGUAAUGGAUCAACAAAUUUUGAUAUUGAUUUUAAUGAAUCUAUUUUACAAUUUCAUAAACGUUCACCACUUUAUAUUAUUGCUGAUCGUGCACAACAUCGCACUGGUCGUCUUGAACAAAUUCAAAAUUAUUGUUUUCUUCCACUUGAAUUUCAUGAUGUUAGUCAAAUAAAAGCAAGUUUUAAAAAACUGACACGUGCUUGUGUUCCAAGUAUGUCAGCACAAAUAUCAAAUAAUUAUGCACAUACUAAUGGAAAUGAUAUAACAUAA